AUGACAGUUGCGGAGGAUACGACGAUCGCUUACGAUCGACAAAUGACAAUGGAGGCCAUUCUAGUUCGUGACCAAAGGACCACUUCCCACAGAGUUCUGGACCACCGUAGCUCUAGCAGCAGCCUGUCCAACGCGUCUAGCAACAUGACAGCGUCAUCGAAGCUGUACAAGACUAUCCUAGAUGCAAACCCGAGAUACGCGACGGUAAUAGACCCGAGAAUAAAUAGAAACGAUCACGACAAGAGACACUUUCCAUGUGACUCGUGCCUCGUACCUGCUUCUUACGACGAUCGAGGGAUACGAUCGAGACACAACGCAUCCGUCACCGCGACCACGUGGCUGAGGUUAGGCAGUCUAUUGGUGACCCUGCUCGUGGUCUCGGUGCACGGCGCUCCGACGAUGACCCUCGAGAACAGACGACUGAGCUCGCCCCCUAAGUGGGUGAAUCCUUGUGGCCUAGCUGCGGAAGCGGCCGAAGACCCUACCGCCGAUUUGGACGUAGUGCAGAUAACAGACUCGCAGCUUCUGCACCAAGUGGUCCUCCAAGCGAAAACGGCGCUGAUGCACGCGGAACUUUUUCGCGAUGAUUACGCUAAACGAACAUUCAACAUCGACUUUGCCGAUCUACAUUCGACGUUCAAAGACAAUCAUUACGAUUGGCUCCCUGGGCCAAACGAAAUUCCCAAGCAACUAGGAGAACAGCUAAAUCAGGAAUACCUCGACAAAUUAGAACUCGAUUCGGCCCUCAUCGACGCGUACGAGUACAUGCAGAAGUUCGCAGUGGGCCUAGAACAGAUAGUCUGGGACCAGGAGGAUCUCCAACUCGAGUUUCGCAAGCAAUUUAAGGACACCGAAUACAAACUGCGAACGGUUCUCUGCGAGCUGCAAGUGGCACUAGUGGAGCGCCAGCUGUCGUCACGGCCAGACGCUACUCGCGACAUCAUGAAGUCGGAAUUCCGGACCGUGUCGACCUCAGAGACCUAUCGGAACCUUCGGGACUGGCUAAUCUUCCGCGACUACAUGAACGGCCUGGAAUACGUGGUGCAGGUGUUCGAGCACCUUCGCCGAGGUCUUCAGUCCUGAGGAUGGCAAGGCGGAAGCCGAAGAAGGGCUACCAGGCGACGACUCGCCCAUCUCAGGAAACCGGAACAGCCCAACCUGGAUGGCCAACUCUCGUCAUGAGGUUGGAGUAAAAAGUGGGUAACAGGGAAGAUCCUAGGCGUGCUCUGUCAAGCAGGCCAGGGGCUACCACCCGUCUCGGUUCCAGUGAGAUGUGUCUCCAUGGCGACGAUCGGCCUAUCCGUCGGCCACGGGUCCAGCCAGCGAUGCUGCACCACCGUCACACACCGACGGAUACACCGUAUCGUCGAACCUGUGCGUGUGUAUCUGUAUCAAGUUGACUAGCAUGACUUUGAGACAGAGGAUCGACGAAUAUCGUCAUCGAGUCCCGUCAAUAGUUCACACCGCCAUCGUCGAUGCUCGCCGUCAGAGGUUCCAGUGAGACAGCCGGGAAUAGAGAGCAACAGGAAGCAGAGUCGUACGAUGAGCAGCCCAUUGGCUUUCGCCGCCAUAGUUCACGAUCGUGUGCGAUCCACGCACUCAUUUCCGCGCGUGCUUACGCUAAAACGCGACUUAAAGCACGCGCGAAAUCCAUGUCCAAAGUGUAAUCAUAAUGUGCAAGAGGAUUAAUAGGACAGACCAGGAAGACCAGCCAGAGUUCCCAGCGACAUCUUACCGUUCGUUGAGAUUUCCAUCACCGAACAAAGCGUUGUAUUCUAGUUUCUCCUUCGCCACUUCUUUCGCGUUCCCUUGGCGUGGCUGUUCCGUUUCGCGGAUUUCAAAAUCUCACGCGUUUUACCCAAUGUACCAUGUAUUUCGAUGUUUUAUCACGAGACCUCUUAGUUCUUCCUUUAAAUUACUCCACGCGACGGUGUUUUCGCUUUUAAACCAACGAUGUAUCAUUCUUACUGGAGGUGUUCAAAGGGGAGAGAUUCGGCUGACGAAAUGUAUCAUUCAUGAACACUCGUGGAUGAUCAUUCUUCUGCUUUCCUCUGUUGAACUGAUUCUCCAUUAAAAAUGAGACUUCUCGGUGUUCGAAAACUCGAGGACAGCCACGCCAACGGGGGUCUCGCUGGCAAUCUCAUUCAGGGAUUCAUUGAGGUUAUAGGGAAGAGGAAGACGCGAAAGAAGCGGCGCGGAGAUGGAAGGAGAUGAAAGGAUUCCCUUCGUGAAUCCGUCUAAACGAGCUUGUGCACCGCAGCGGUAUUAUAUCCUAAAUAUACAAGAAAAUACAGUAUUCGCGCUUUAACUUAGACUAUUCGCGUCGUGCGAGAAGGGAGUAAGGAGAAAUCGAGGCGUAUAGAUAUAUAUCGCGUGGUUGUCACGCGUGGUUGAAGAGGAAAGCACGACGUCGUUGUAACGUCGACCACGAGGAAAAGCAAAAAUCACUCGACGAGCCAUCCGC